CGAUCCUGUUCUUGGCAUAAGCGGCUUAAAAAAGACGCAUGGAUGAGUUUAAAUACAGAAGAGCCCCCAAAUAUCUCGAGAAAACACGAAGCGGACUGCACUUCAAUCAGCGAAUUUCUCCAGCAGGCGUAGAUUAUUAUUUAUAAACAGAAUUCCUGGUUUAAUGUAGAUGAUGUUCAGGGCUAAAUUACUAAAGAUAAAGUAGUAAAGACUAUGACUACUAAUAACUUUAAAACUCAUAUUACGAACAUCAAACACCAGUUUUCAGUCAUUCCAGCUGUCAUCCCACGACGAGUACCUGGCUGCAGGAGGGGCCUGACAGCGCGUGUUCUCUCACGCCAAGUCACGUGACGGUACGUCACCUUACGUCACUGUUGCUAUUUGGUCCACCUCGUUUGGUCGCAGCCCGGGAAGAAUGAGGAAGGACGAACGGCUGUAGUAGUCCACAGUUACUAACAAGACAUAGAAGAUAUUGGCUGUGAAGAUCAGAGCAACCAAGUGUAUUCCUGAAACAAAGAGCAUGCCCUACUAUCUGACAGACUAAGAGAUCUAGAAACAUGGCUGCUCUAGAAAAUAUCCCUCUGGUACAUGAUGAGUGCUGGGAAGAAUGGAUGUCACUGCUUCCUCAAGAUCUUUGGGAUGUUCCUCUCUAUAAUCUUGCAAUCCCUGGUAGCCACGAUGCUAUGAGCUACUGCUUGGAUUUAAACUCGCCAAUUGUCACAUCACAGCCUUGGAUCUUAAAGAUGGCAGAUCACGCUUUUCCCUGUAUAAUACGGCCAGUCAUUUUUAAAUGGGCAACCACUCAGGAGGUUGAUAUUGUGGAGCAAUUGAAGGCAGGCAUCCGCUACUUCGAUUUAAGAAUUGCACACCGGCCUAAGGAUGGCUCUCAGGAUCUUUACUAUACACAUGUACUUUUCACAGUAGUCACUGUCUUGGAAGCUCUACAAGAGAUCAACCUAUGGCUAGAGAAUCACAAGCGAGAGAUAAUCAUUUUAGCUUGCAGUCAUUUUGAAGGCAUGACGGAGAGCCUCCAUGAACAUCUUAUUUCAUCACUAAAGUAUAUCUUUGGAAGCAAGCUUUGCCCAGUUAUGGAGGACAUAACUCUGAGAAAUCUGUGGAAGAUGGGGCAUCAGGUUAUUGUUUCAUAUGAAGAUCCAGCAGCUCAGAAACAUCGGGAGAUGUGGCCCAAAAUCCCAUACUGGUGGGCAGACAGUGAGGAUCCAAAUAUUCUAGUGGACUAUUUCGAAAAGAAGAAAGAAUCGCGAAACCCAGGUUUUUUUUGUGUUGCUGGUCUGAACCUUACAGCAAGCUACAAUUACAUUACCAUUCAUCCGUCUCUUUCACUGAAGAAACUCACUCUAAAGUGCUCCUUAUGCCUUAUGGAUUGGGUUCAGCAGCAGACCCCAGGAGAGGCACAUGGCUGCCUUAAUAUUUUUGCAGGCGACUUUGUCACUUCUGGGAAGUUCAUUUCAGAUGUCAUUACCCUUAAUAAAAAACUGAUACAGAGAACAUCCGGACUGCCAGGAACACCACUCCGCUCUUAACGUCUUGCACUUCAGAAGCUGGUCAUGCUGUACUUAUCUACGGAGCAAAGCAGAUUGUUUGACCUGUAAAUCACACAAAGACACAGUGACCGUUUGCCAAGUACUUAUAAUUCACUAUUUAUAGAAAUAUUUUAUAUUGCCUUUUUUUUCAAUUUACAGUACUUCUCCAUAUCUAAACACAUCUAUGUGUUAAAUGCUGUGAAUCUCCACUCUCUGAACGCUUGUGACUUUACACUUUAACGCUGGCAUCUCCCUUUCUCUGCCUCUUCAAGUUGUAGUCUGGUAACACAAGAAAUUCCUGACCAGUGAGCAAUCAAAGUAUUCAUUACCUUUCAACUUUUAUUUGGCACUAGUUUUGUUUAAAUAUUUCUCUUACUUUAUUAUUAUUUACAGGUUGCAUGUUUUUAUUGUUUGGCACUUUUUUUUUUUUUUUUUUUACAGUGGUCUCAAUUUCCUAAUUUUUUUUUUUUGUAAAAUGUAAACACUCCUUAACUAAUCCUGCGCAACUUCCUCCAAGUGUAAUGUUCAGGAGUACCAUCAAGGUUCUUAAAACACUAGAUGCAGUAUUGUUGCAAUUUGUUUUUAAUAACAUACCUUUAUUUUUAACCCAAGGUGGCUUUAGUGUUGUCUGUAUUAUAAUUUUGUAAAUAUAUUGUUCAAGGGGGAAAAUGUAAUCAUAAAAAUAUACAAAUACCACACGGGCAUUGUGCAGUUUCUCUGUGUGAUGUCUAAUAAUAAAUUAUAUUUAUUUUACUCCAA